AUGCGAGUGUCGUCUUGAAACGAGACGGCGACUUUGACAUACCGUGCAGAAUUCGAUAACGGGGUACUAUCUACCAGCAUUUUCCAUUAUCCGUUCAGGGGAAGAGCUGGCAGUGGUCUGCUUCACCCGUAUGUCGCUCCUGACAGCCUGAGCGUUCCUGCGAAUGUCACCAUUCCGCGAGUAGCGGACGUCCCGCUCAGCGUCGGCUCAUACGUCCUGCCUCCAGAUACCCCAGUCGUCUUGAACAUGUGCGCAAUCUGGCGAAAUCCAAGAGAUUGGGCGAAGCCGGACGUAUUCGUUCCAGACCGCUCCUUGGGCGAGGAGGCAUCGAGUGACGGACAUUGGUUUCCUUCCGGAUAUGGACCGCACCAGUGUCCGGCGCGGAACUUCGGUUCGUCAAAUUCCAGAGCUUUGCAGUCAUUUGAGUAACGUUAGACACCCAUCAUCUGUUAUACAUAUGGUUGAUGCUCCAUCCGCCGCAAUUGUUAACGAUGUUGCGCGGCCAAUGGCCGCGACGGAGGGUGGCGCUUGCUCUCAAGCAAGGCGUCGUUUUGAGAGUCCUUCUGCAUGCACAACACCCCGGGGAUGUCUAUCGUUAUGCAAGCAGCUGUGACGCGUGACGACUGAGGCCUGAGGAUGACCGGGACAUCAGGACGUCAAAAGCCAACAUAGCUCGGGACUGAAAAGAACUUAGCUAGAAGGUUCAAGUAGGCGGUAGAAGUCGGAAGGCUGUCUUACGGACAGCAUUUAGAGAGCGGUCGUCUCUUCCGGAGGACAUCCCGCACACCAAACGCAUGUCCGACGAGUGGUUGCGACAUGACCGUAACAGCAUAAGUGUGUGUCAGAGGAGGCCGUGGACGUGGUAAGCUGGUAGCGCCCACCAGCAUCGAAAGC